AUGAGAAUCGCCGCCCUGCUGUCCGUCGUUUCCGCCAUGGCCUUCGCCUUCGCGGAAUCCAUCCCCACGACCGACUACGAUGUCAUCAUCGUUGGUGGUGGUCCUGCAGGUCUCAGUGCUCUCAGCGGUGUUUCUCGCGUUCGAAGAACGGCGCUGCUGUUUGACAAUCACCACUACCGCAAUGAUGUGACUCGGGAGAUGCACGACGUGAUCGGCAAUGAUGGAACUCCACCUGCCCAGUUCCGUGGUCUGGCCCGAGAGCAGAUCUCUCGGUACCCAACGGCUCAUUGGAGCAACAAUACCGUGACUUCGAUCACCCCCAUCAGCUCGAGUGAAGUCUCCUCCUUCACUGUUGCCGAUAAUACGGGUAAGAAGUACACCGCUCGCAAGAUCGUACUCGGCACCGGUUUGCGCGAUGUACUGCCCGCCACUCCGGGCCUGCAGGAAGCCUUCGGGAAGGGCAUCUUCUGGUGCCCGUGGUGCGACGGCUAUGAGCACCGUGACCAGCCCCUCGGAAUCCUCGGCAGCAUUGCCGAUGUGCUGGGGAGCGUGUUGGAGACCCACACCCUGUUCUCCGAUAUUAUCGCGUUUGUCAAUGGUACGCAGAACCCUCAAGGUGAAGCCGCUGCCACCAAUCAGCACAAGGGCUGGGAGGAGCAGCUCAAGGCCUGGAACAUCAAGAUCGAGAACCGCACAAUCGAGUGCAUAGAGCGCCUCCAGAACGGUGCCACCCAUCGGAACUUCACGACCGACACUCAGUUCGACAAGUUCCUGAUCCACUUCACCGAGGGCGAGCCCAUUGAACGCGGCGCUUUCAUCACCAACUACGCGACCGCGCAGCGCUCCAUUUUGCCCAAGCAAAUGGGCCUGAACGUGACCGACAACAAGAUCGACGUCACUAGUGGUAUGCGCACCAGCGAGAGCAGCGUCUUCGCCAUCGGUGACGCCAACUCGGACGGUAGCACCAACGUGCCGCACGCCAUGUUCAGCGGCAAGCGGGCAGCUGUCUACAUCCACGUCGAGAUGUCUCGUGAGGAGUCCGCCUCCAAGGUCUCCAGGCGUGAUGGGUUGCUCUCUCGUCGUGAGCUCGAGAAGGAGGCCAUUCGUGCCAUCGGUGAUAACCUUGAACCCGAGUGGACUCGGGCUAAGAAGCUGUAA